AUGGGACAGAAGCAGACUACUCCUUUGUCCCUCACUCUGGACCACUGGUCAGAAGUGAGGACUCGUGCACAAAAUCGUUCCCUAGCCGUGAAAAGGGGCAAGUGGCAGACAUGCUGUGCUGCUGAGUGGCCAGCCUUUCAAGUUGGAUGGCCAAAGGGGGGGUCUUUUUAUAUUUCCUUAGUUCGCAGAGUGAGAGACAUCGUGUACCGACCGGGGCCGCAUGGACAUCCUGAUCAAGAACCCUACAUUCUCAUGUGGGAGGACCUCUGUACCAGUCCCCCUGACUGGGUGCGGCCAUUCCUCCCCCCCCCUAAACCUUCUUCUUUACAGCCGCUUUUGGAGCCUACGAUCCUACCCAUGAAGGAGAAAAGGGGAUCGGAGUCACAGCCUAAAGAGGAGCGAGCUGUGCCCCGCAUUUACCCUGACACUACGGACCUACUUCUCUUUGAACCCCCCCCCUUACAACCCAUCUGCUCGCACCCCUUCUGCUCCAGCAGGGGAGGCGACUGCAGAACCCCGUUCCCCAUUAAAUCUCUCCUUAGCUUCCCAGCCUUCCCACCUUCCCACGUGCUGCAGGGGGCUGUGGAAGGAGCAGCUUCUCACGUGCUCCAGGGGGCAGGGGGAAGAGCAACUUGCUUGCCUCCAUCAUCCCCAGAGUCCUUGCCGGAUGAGAGCCAGCGAGCAGGGCCAGCUGCGGGAACCCGCAGCAGGCAAAAAGAUUCGACAUUUGGAGCUUUGCCAAUCAUGCCGCUGAGGCCAGUAGGGCCCAUGAUGGACGAUGGGAGGGGAGGGGAGAUGCCUGCCCUCCAGUAUUGGCCCUUCGCCACGUCUGACCUUUAUAACUGGAAGCUUAACCAUCCCUCUUUCUCUGAAGACCCCACUAGGUUAAUUAAUCUUUUAGAUUCUCUGAUGAACACCCACCAGCCUACUUGGGACGACUGCCAGCAGCUGCUUCGUACCCUGUUCACUACUGAAGAACAGGACCGCAUUUUGGCAGCAGCCCGGAAAAAUGUGAUAGGACUAGAUGGCUUGGUGACAACCAGACCUGAUGUUAUUGAUGACUCUUUCCCCUUGCGGAGACCGGAUUGGGACCCCAACACAUAUGAAGGUAGGGGGAAUCUGUCCACCUAUCGCCAGACUCUCAUGAGAGGUCUCCGGGAAGCGGCUAGAAAGCCCACAAACCUAGCCAAGGUAAAAGAGGUAAUACAGGGACCCGAUGAGCCUCCCGGGGUUUUCCUAGAAAGGCUGAUGGAAUCAUAUAGGAGGUACACUCCUUUCGAUCCAACCUCUGAAACUCAUCAGGCUUCAGUCAUUAUGGCUUUUGUAGGACAGUCAGCAGCAGAUAUUAGAAAGAAACUCCAGAGGCUGGAGGAUAUCCAGGGAAAGACUUUACAAGACCUAGUAAAGGAGGCUGAGAAAGUGUUCAGUAAGAGAGAAACAAAGGAAGAAAGAGAGGAGCGACUAGAAAAGAAAAAAAGAGAGAGGGAAGAACGAAAGGACAGAAGAAGGAAUAAGGAACUGGCAAGGGUCUUGGCAGUAGCAGUAGACAGAUCUAGCACAGGUCAGAAAGGUAGGGACCUGGGCCCACGAAGACGCCGACCCCUGGACAAGGACCAAUGCGCUCGCUGCCGCCAGAGGGGACACUGGGCUCGGGAAUGCACCCAACCCCCACGAUCCCCUCGUGGCACCCAACCCCCACGAUCCCCGCAACCUUCAAGGACCCUGGCCCUUGAAUCUGAAUAGGGGGGUCAGGGCUCCAACCCCCUCCGGGAGCUCAGGGCUAAAUUUAAGGUGGAGGGGACUCCCAUAGACUUUGAACUUGACACAGGGGCAGUAUACUCGGUCCUAAAGAAACCUUUGGGACCCCUCUCUAGUAAGCAAUCCUUAGUACAAGGAGCAAAUGGAAGUAGCUAUCGUUCCUGGACUACUUCCCGGACUAUGGACUUGGGGAAAGGAGAAAUCAAGCAUUCUUUCCUGGUCAUACCAAACUGCCCCUCACCUCUAAUGGGACGAGACUUGCUAACCAAACUCAGAGCCCAGAUAACCUUUGAAGAAACUGGUCCAGAAAUUGCUUUUCUUAAUCCCAGUGUUCAACCACUUACCACCUCCGUCCUGACCAUCAGGGCUGAGGAUGAAUAUAGACUGUUUACAGAUGACCCCUUGCCAGUUGAAAGCCAAGACACCGACUUUUGGUUAAGACUAGUUCCAGAAGCUUGGGCCGAAACUGCUGGACUGGGGUUGUCUACCUUACAGGCUCCAGUAGUGGUAGAGUUAAAAACUACUGCUGUCCCUGUGAGAGUUAGGCAGUACCCCAUGAGUCAGGAAGCGAAGAAAGGCAUAACUCCUCAUAUCCGGAAACUUCUCCAACAAGGGGUCUUAGUAAAAUGUCAGUCAGCCUGGAAUACUCCAUUACUCCCAGUUAAGAAGCCUGGAACUGGGGACUAUCGGCCAGUACAGGACCUAAGGGCAGUUAACAGUCAGGUGGAAGUCAUCCAUCCCACUGUGCCAAACCCAUACAAUCUCCUCAGCACCCUAAGUCCUGAAAGAGUAUGGUAUAGUGUAUUGGACUUAAAAGACGCUUUCUUUUGCCUGUCUCUACAUCCAGCCAGUCAACCCUUAUUUGCUUUUGAGUGGAGUGAUCCUGAGGCAGGAAUUUCAGGCCAACUAACCUGGACCAGAUUGCCUCAGGGAUUUAAGAACUCCCCUACCAUCUUUGAUGAGGCCUUGCACCAAGACUUAAGUCUCUUCCGCAGCCAGCACCCCCAGGUAACCCUGCUCCAGUAUGUGGACGAUAUUUUACUUGCAGGAAAAACUGAAGAAGAUUGGGGAAAGCGAUGGCUGACGGAGGCCCGGAAGAAGGUCGUGGCACAGAUCCCUGCACCUACUACUCGCCGGCAGUUACGUGAGUUUCUGGGGACGGCAGGUUUCUGCCGCCUCUGGAUCCCUGAACUGGCGAUAGUUCACUGUCCAGGUCAUCAAACGGGAAAGGAAACCGUCGCGUCCGGAAACAGAGAGCUGAUGAAGCAGCAAAGGCAGCAAGCAUCCCGCAUGAAGGAGAUCCCUGCACUUAUUGUUACUGAACCUGACAACCUCCCACCAGUGUCAACAACUGUAGACUCCCUUUCUGAAGAACCAGAGGAGUGUUCUGAGGAAAAUGUGUCCCAUCAUAUGCCUGGAUCCACAGACACCAGCAAAAUCGGUGACAAGGGUUCUCCCUGGGGAAGCAAGAGGCAAGUGAACCCCAAUGUUCCUGCCCUGUCUGCUUAG